GCAAAAGGCAUCGGAUAAAAUCAAGCUCAGAAGUUCCAUCCGUCCCAAAAGACCUGCUGAUAAUGUCAGAACUGGUACUUCCACAGUUCAUCUUCUAUCUUAUUCAGUACCUAAGGGAAGGUUAUAAUGAGCCAGUUCUGGAUAUGCCUUCAGAAAAAGAUCUCCACAAAGUCCUCCAGACACUGGAACCCCACAUUUCAUUUCUGGAAGAUUUGACAAAAAUGGGAGGAGCAAUGCGUUCUGUCCUGACUCAGGUCCUGACAAAUCAGCAGUUCUAUAAAGACCUCAGUUCUGGUGGUGGAGAAAACACAUGUGUGAAGAAAAGUCAUGAAAAGUAUCUUGUAGCUCUGAAAGGCUCUGGACUGAUAUUUCCUGAAGAUAAAUUUGCAUGUGGCGCACAGGAGCAAGCAGCUGGAGCUAGUGCUUCAGUAGUUCAAGGUUUUGCAGGUGCUACACCAGCUUCAGGGCAAGGUGACUCUUCAGAUGAGGAGGACCAGGAUGGUAGUCAAGGUGUGGGAAAGCGCAAGAGAGUGAAACUAAGCAGCACCAGCAAAGAUCAGUCCAUCAUGGAUGUUUUGAAGCAUAAAUGUUUUCUAGAAGAAUUAUUAUUUUGGAUGAUAAAAUAUGAAUUUCCCCAGAAAAUGGUAACUUUCUUACUGAACAUGCUUCCUGAUCAAGAUUAUAAGAUUGCUUUUACUAAAACGUUUGUACAGCAUUAUGCUUUUAUCAUGAAAACACUGAAGAAAAGCCAUGAAUCUGAUACCAUGUCAAACAGAAUUGUACACAUAAGUGUCCAGCUAUUCAGCAAUGAGGAGUUAGCACGUCAAGUGACAGAAGAAUGCCACCUGCUUGAUAUUAUGGUUACGGUCUUGCUGUAUAUGAUGGAGAGUUGCCUUAUUAAAAGUGAGCUGCAAGAUGAGGAAAACAGUUUACAUGUGGUAGUGAACUGCGGGGAAGCAUUACUAAAGAACAACACCUACUGGCCUCUUGUCAGUGACUUCAUUAAUAUUCUGUCACACCAGAGUGUGGCUAAGAAAUUCUUAGAAGAUCACAAACUAUUAGUCACUUGGAUGAACUUUGUAUCGUUUUUUCAAGGGAUGAAUUUAAACAAGAGGGAACUUAAUGAACACGUGGAGUUUGAAUCCCAGACUUACUAUGCUGCCUUUGCUGCUGAGCUGGAGGCCUGUGCGCAGCCCAUGUGGGGACUCUUGUCACACUGCAAAGUCAGGGAGACACAAGAGUACACACAAAAUGUUGUUAAAUAUUGUCUAGAAGCACUCCAGGACUGGUUUGAUGCAAUCAACUUUGUGGAUGAGCCUACUCCUAAUCAGGUCUCUUUUCACCUGCCAUUGCAUCGUUACUAUGCAAUGUUUCUGAGUAAGGCUGUUAAAUGCCAAGAAAUAGAACUGGAUUCUCUUCUCCCAGACCAAGAGAUGUUGAUGAAAUUAAUGGUCCAUCCACUUCAGAUUCAGGCAAGCCUCUCCGAAAUUCAUAGUAAUAUGUGGGUGCGGAAUGGUCUGCAGAUUAAAGGACAAGCCAUGACUUACGUGCAGUCUCACUUCUGUAAUUCCAUGAUUGAUCCUGACAUUUAUCUAUUGCAGGUCUGUGCUUCUAGACUUGAUCCAGAUUAUUUUAUUUCUUCUGUUUUUGAAAGGUUCAAGGUAGUUGACCUCUUAACAAUGGCUUCACAACAUCAAAACACAGUGCUGGAUUCUGAGCAUGAGAGGUCAAUGCUGGAAGGUGCCUUAACGUUCCUCGUCAUUCUUUUAAGUCUUCGUUUACAUUUAGGAAUGACCGAUGAUGAGAUUCUGAGAGCAGAGAUGGUAGCUCAAUUGUGCAUGAAUGACAGAACUCACAGCGCACUCCUGGACCUUAUUCCAGAAAACCCUAAUCCUAAAAGUGGCAUCCUUCCCGGAAGCUUAAGCUUUGAAUCCAUGUUGUCUGCUGUCGCGGAUUUUAAAGCCCCCGUGUUCGAGCCGGGGGGUUCUAUGCAGCAAGGGAUGUAUACACCCAAAGCUGAAGUAUGGGAUAAGGAAUUUGACCCAGUCAUGGUGAUUCUUCGAACUGUUUACCGUAGAGAUGUUCAAUCAGCAAUGGACCGAUACACAGCAUUUUUAAAACAGAGUGGAAAAGUCCAUGGGAACCCUUGGCCUCCAUAUAAGAAACGGACACUUUUGCAUCCAAGCUAUAAAGGCCUCACGAGGCUCUUGCACUGCAAAACCUUGCACAUUGUAUUGUUCACUUUACUGUACAAGAUAUUAAUGGAUCAUCAAAAUCUAUCAGAACAUGUCCUUUGCAUGGUUUUAUAUUUGAUUGAAUUGGGACUGGAAAAUUCCUCUGAACAAGAUGCUGAUGAAGAAGAUUCUGUGGGAAGUCAAGAACGCUGCCAUGAUAGUUGGUUUCCAGGGAAUAACUUGUUAUCUAACAUGCGACACUUUAUAAACUAUGUGCGUGUAAGAGUACCAGAGACAGCUCCAGAGGUGAAGAGAGAACCACCUGCAAGUACAAGCUCUGAUGGUUCGGGAGUUUCUCAGAAUCCAAGGCGGUCUAAAGGACUUCAGAGAGAGAAUUCAGGGACAGCACAGGUGUUCAGUUUGGUUGCAGAACGUCGGAAGAAAUUUCAAGAAAUCAUUAAUCGGAAUGCUACUGAAGCCAGUCAGGCAGUUCGGCCAAAGACUUCAAUGAAAUGGUCUGCACCAGGUGCAACUCCUCAGCUAACAACUGCCAUCUUGGAAGUCAAAGAAAGCAUAUUGUCUCUGCUAAUUAAACUUCACCAUAAACUGUCAGGAAAGCAAAACUCUUACUAUCCUCCUUGGCUGGAUGACAUGGAAACUUUAAUUCAACACGAAAACCCCAAGUAUUUCCAUGGGGAUGGAAUGACAGCCAUAGAAAGGAUUUUAUUGAAAGCUGCACUUCAGAGCCGAUUAAAUAAACAUAUCAUUGAGGAAAUAUGCAGAAAAGUGACUCCGCCUGUACCACCUAAAAAGAUUAGUCCAGCAGAGAAGAAAACCUUGGAUAAAGAGGAACGGCGACAGAAAGCCAGGGAAAGACAACAAAAGUUGUUGGCUGAAUUUGCAUCAAGACAGAAGAGCUUUAUGGAAACUGCCAUGGAUGUUGAGUCACCAGAUGCAGAUAUUGCUAUGGAGAUAGCAACGGCCGAGCAGCAUGUUUCUGAAGCCAUCUAUGAUUGUGUUAUUUGUGGACAGAGCGGCCCUUCCACUGAAGAGCGGCCGGCAGGAUUAGUUGUCCUCCUUCAGGCUUCUUCAGUUUUGGGACAAUGUCGCAAUACGGCUGAACCGAAAAAGCUGCCGACAUCAGAAAAGGAGCAGAUAUAUCCUGGGGAUACGUGUGCAGCUGUUUAUGAAACACGGCUUGCAACUUUACAGCAGUUUUUUAAAGAUAGUUCUUGCCUGCAGUCAGUGUCAAUUGGCUGGGAAGGAGGUGUAUAUGUACAAACCUGUGGGCAUACCUUGCAUAUAGAUUGUCAUAAAUCUUACAUGGAGUCGUUACGGAAUGACCAGGUUCUCCAGGGCUUUUCGGUGGACAAAGGAGAAUUUACUUGCCCUCUUUGUAGGCAAUUUGCUAACAGCGUCCUUCCUUGUUACCCUGGCAACAGUGUGGAAAGAACCCUAUGGCAAUGUCAUAGUAACAAGACCAUGCAAGAUCUUAUAAAGGAGGUGGAAGAGCUUCAAGAACAGCUGGGAACUUUCCCAGUAAGCAUCAGUUCAGAAACCAAUUUAAGUAAAGAAAUGGAAGCUGUGAUGAAGGACAUAAAAAGCACUACACAAAAGAAAUACACAGACUACAGCAAGUCUCCUGGGUCACCAGACAAUGACUUUCUUUUCAUGUAUUCAGUAGCCAGGACAAACUUGGAACUUGAGCUGGUUCAUCGGGGAGGGAAUCUGUGUCAGGGAGGUGCCAGCACAGCUGGGAAGAGAUCAUGUUUGAAUCAGUUGUUCCAUGUGUUGGCUAUGCACAUGCGUCUCUACAGCAUUGAUUCUGCGUAUAAUCCUUGGAAAAAACUAACACAGUUGAUAAAUGAUGAGAAUUUUCAGAGGUGCACUGAAGAGCAGCCGGAGGUUCCAGUACUUUAUAGAGAUGUAUUAUCUCUUUUGCUCAUCCAGAUUUUAACCAUGCCACAGCCAUUGCGCAAAGAACACUUUAUCUGUAUCAUAAAAGUGCUCUUCACAUUACUGUAUGUGCAAGCUCUCGUCGCACUUUCUGUUAAAUGCAGUGCUGAAGACAGAGUGACAUGGAUGAACUCAGGUGCUCUGAAAAAGAAUAUAUCUGAUGCAAAAAAUACCUGGGAAGUAUUAUUGAGCCAUGUAAUCAGUGAACUCUCCAAAGGGAAGAUCUAUGAGCCAGAGGAAACGGAAGAUCUAGCUAUGGACAACACUAGUCCUUGGUGUCCAGAUUCCAUAGAGAUUUAUUUGCAGCAGUUCUGCCUGCCUUUCCUCAGGAUUACCAGCCUUCUUCAGCAUCAUCUCUUUGGAGGGGAGCUACCUAGCUGUCAGGAAGAUGAAGAGUUUACUGUUCUUGCCAACUGCCUGGGUUUGUUACCAUCGUCCUUUCAGUCAUCACAGUUCCCCAGUGCCUCUUGUCUGGAUUGGCCUGUGCCAGUCUUUGACAUAGUAUCCCAGUGGUGCUCAGAAUUGGUUUCCUUUUCAGAUAAGCAUCCCUCACAAGUAAAGAUUUUACUUAUCCAGGAACCUAAGUGGGACCUACCCUGUCUCCUCCAUUUGCCUGAAAAUUAUAACACUAUUUUCCAGUACUACCACAGAAAGAGUUGCUCUGUCUGUUCCAAGGUUCCUAAAGAUCCUGCCGUUUGUCUCGUUUGUGGCACUUUUGUGUGUUUGAAAGGACUUUGCUGCAAGCAACAGAGCUACUGUGAAUGUGUCCUGCACUCCCAAAACUGUGGUGCUGGAACAGGCAUCUUCCUUUUGAUCAACGCAUCGGUAAUCAUCAUAAUUCGUGGUCAUCGUUUUUGCCUUUGGGGCUCCGUUUACCUGGAUGCACAUGGUGAAGAAGACCGAGAUCUCAGGCGUGGCAAACCUCUCUACAUAUGUAAGGAAAGAUACAAAGUGCUCGAACAACAGUGGGUGUCGCAUACCUUUGAUCACAUCAACAAAAGAUGGGGGCCACAUUAUAAUGGUUUAUAGAGCGAUAGCCAUCUUUUGCGCCAUCACAUCGCCUUUACCAUGAACGCAACUUGAGUGGCUUCGGCUUGAAGUGAGUGGAAACUUUCUCUUCACUGGGGAAACCGUGAAGCCCUGCCAUCGUACGAAGCCCUGUGUUAAUAGAGGUUUAGCAGUUAAAAACAACAAAGGAAUUAGUCUUCGUUUGAGUGCAAAACCUAAAUUCACUUGAUAGUUGUUGCUUUCUAACCCACUAAUAAACAAGCACAAAUUGUACUUAAAAGGAAAACCGCCGCUAAGUGGCUCCUGAGUGUUUUUAUUUUUCCCUGCCGGGGGCUGUUUAUGCUGAAGCACUGUAUAUGUGUAGUACACCCGCUAUAAACACAUUGCUUGUUUCCGUUGCCUUUCUUUGCGUUCCGUUUCAGAUUUUGCUUGACAUGUAUCUGUAAGUAUACAAGAGUUGUAACACUUUUGAUUUGUGAGAUUGUAUAGAAAAAUGGUCUAAAGGAUUUUUUAGAGAAUAUUGCGCUUAUUGCCAGAGAGCUAUUGAAAUAGUUUCAGACAUUGCUGAAUACCUUAUUCAUUCUCAGGAAUUUCAUAGAUAUACUCCAGAGAUUAGUGAGAUAGCUGUAUAAUAGAUAGCUUGCUGCUCUUACUGUAAUACAAGACACACACAGUAUUCUGUCGGACAUUUCAGUUAGCUUUAUUUACAAGUAAAUUACUAACAUGCCGAUUUUUAUUGUCUGUGUAGAUGCAACAUUUGUAAAAUGUCCCAAGGGGUACAUCAUAACUCUCCCCCCCCCAAGCAUGCCAUGGGCUCAUUUCCACCUCCCUGUCUUAUUCCAGAGCGAUGGGGGUGGACAUCACUGCCAGAUACUCUGUGGAUGAGGCUUAGUUAGUGAAUGUCUGGGAGUUCAAGCAGCUUCUUUCCAUUAUAUUUACAAAUCACUGCCCUUUUUGCUUGAAUCCUUUAUCAGGGGAAUAGGGCUGUUGGAGAGGAGCAAAACUGCAAAGUGCCAGGGGCAGGGGAAUAAUCCCCUUCUCCCAGUUUGCAUCUCAUAUGGAGAAUCCCGCAUGAACAGCCUUCCUCCAGUUGACAUGGAGAAGCCAAGGCUUGGACCCACAGAGCCAGUUUUUAAUAGAUGAAAUUCUACUGACUGCUUGCUUGUCAGGAGAAGGAGAAGGGAGGCGUGGCCAGACCUCCUUUCCACCUUUUUCAAACAGCAGACCUCCCACACGUAGAAUCGCAAAUGAUACUGCUGGAUCAUUAAGGCAAACUGCCUGUUCCACUUCUAGUUGCACCGCUUGGUCCCUGCAGUUUAGGGGGAAAAAAUGUGUGGGGCCCUGUGGUUGUGGGCCUGAGCAGCUUCAAGGGUUUAUAAGGGUUUUGAAAUCCAGCUGAAAGGUUGCCACUGGAAAAACACUUAACCAGGCAGAAUACACGAUAAUGUCACACCCAGCCCAUGGCUGCCAAAGAUUCCCCCCAUUCCUUUUCACAGAAUGACCCGACGUCUGUUGAUUAUUUCAAACAGUGCUAUCCAGCACUUCUGAUAUUUACGUACUUCAACUUGUAGCUUUUUCUUGUAAAGCAAACUUUUUAUCUGUAAAUUAAUUUGAAGAGUUAUAAUCUUAAAACUAGGCGAAACACUGCUCUCUGUUCAGAGGCUUGAUAGGAAAUUGGCUGUGGAAAAAUGAAUAGGAAAAAAUAUGAUGGAAAUGGGAAGAUUUAUGUGGUAAGUCUCGUAGCCUACUAAGUUUUUACAAAAAGAGAAGGCAAAAUGGAAAUGGGUUGCUGUUUUUAUAUAAAAUGGUGUGUGAAUACACCUACAUACACUUCUAGAUUAUUCCCAUAAUCCUGCAGUUCCUUCAAACAAAUAAAAAAAUGCUUUUUUCCAGAACAUUGCUACAUUUUUAAUAUGUAUCAUAUGUGAAACCUAUAAUAUUUUUGCAUUGCUCACUUUUGAGUACUAGGCCAUUUUGUAAGCACAGUGGACAAGCAGAAAUAUUCCUGACAUCUCCUGACAUAGCACUAUGACAGGGCUCUUCAGUUUGACUGCUCUGUGUGGUUCAAAAUUUCAAAAGAGAUAAUGUCUAUAAAAACUGAAUAAAAUGUGUUAUUUAAAAUGGAAUUCUUUUUGGAUAUUGUACAUGGGUGUGACAUAAAAUUAUCAGCCUUAACUUUGUAUUUCAUGAAGUUCAUUUUGGUACCAGUGAAUUAUCCGCUGGUCAAUUUAAAAUAUAAAAAUAAAAGGUACUCGUUUGAAAAUCCUACUUGAAAUAUACCUGCAUGCUGCUGGACUGUAAAUUUGAUUACUCCCGUAAGUUUUUGGAAAUUUGCUUUAAUAGGCUUACCUUGAAAAAAUAACAGGCCCAAAUUAGAAUGGGCUCUCUGUGUGCGCGUGCAUGCAUGCGUGUGUGUGCAUGCACAUGUGUGUCUGUACAUGCACACGUGUGCUGCUGCUGCUGCUAUUUCUCCAAAUGUACUGGUGUGGUAACUUUUAUGAAUGGCUACUUAAGUACAGUACAUUACUGUAGAAACAGAAUCAGUCUUUGGCACAUCAAAUACAAAAUUAGAACUCCCAUAAUUAUCAACAUUGUAAAAUAUGUUAAUAAAAGUCUACUGUCGUGA